UGCGAAUAAAUAUGAAAUUUCCAAAGUGAGACUUCUCGUACAACUGUGCAGAAGUUAGGUUUAUGGUAAAAGCGACAGAAGAAAAUAGGUUUGAAAGGGAUGUAUUUGUGUGACAGAGAUGUGCCGAUACUGUUGUGGUGAAGGAGACUGUUCAGCCGAUUCCGGAUUUAGCCACUGUGAUUGAGGUGUUGGAUAUGGCUGAGUAUUAUAUGGUCAAGAUCGAUACUUUUAGGGAGAUUCAGAAGGUCAAGAGCAAGGAAAUUUGGUUAUCUCAAUGGGAUAGAUUGCUCGAUGAUUUGGAAGAGUAUAAAGAAAAACAUAGAAUCUUAAAGGAAAACUUGGUAUCAAUAGAUCUGAACAAUAGUUGGAAUGAAUUGCCGUACCUUCAUAUAGAAGCAAAAGAGUUUUUAGAUUCUCUUAUUGAAUCUAAACUUAUCAAACAGUAUAAUCAUCAGAAAAAUUGAAUGAAAUUCAUGGAGGAUAAGUACCAAAUCUUUAGAGAGCGAAAUGCCUCUAAAGCAUGGGUGAAUUCUCAGAUUUGUAAGCUCAGAGACUUCAUUGGCGAUACUGACCACGGAAGAGUUCUUGAGAAGCUCAAAUAAAACAGAAAAACUCUGAACUCAAAAAGAUCAGCAAUUGGAACAAUUUUCAAGAGUUAUCAUUGAGAAAGAUAAGACUAUUGAUCUGCAAAUGGGAAAGAUAUUAUAUAAAGACAAUCAAAUUACUUUAAAAGAAGCAAAGAUAAAAGAAAUUACAAAGAAGAAUGAGUCUAACAGACAAAUAAUUAGAGAUAAAAAUAAUAUAAUUAGUAAACACAUUGCCCAAAUUGAAAAGCUAAAGGAAGAGAAUCAGACAUUAAAAAAUUUAAGUAAAAAUUUAGAAAAAGAGAGAAGAACUUUUAAUAAGAGUCAUUCAGACAAUUUUGCAAAUAUUCAAAGUCAAAAUGAAGAAACUAAAGAAGAUCCAUUCUUCUUGAACCUCUUAGACAACUCAAUGGAAUCAUCCACAACUCUAAUUGAGCCCUCCACAACCUUCCUCACCCCCAUACUUGAAUCAGAAUACGACCUAUCAUCUCCAUCCUCACUCACCUCCCUCAGAGACUUCAGUAACCACAAAUUCCCCCACCUCCCGUCCCUCACCUUCACUCACCUACACAAACUCCCUUUAAACUCCUUCCUGGAGUCCAACUCCUUCACCUCCAUAAACCAGUUCUCUCUUCGUAGCCCUUACGGUCUCCCUUUCGAAAUCUCCCCUUACACCAAAACCUUAGGCAAGAUCUUACCCAAAGUAGUCGCCCAAGUAACUGUUUACUCAGCAGUUCUCGGCAAUAAGCAGUUUGAAGAUUUGUUAGUGGCUGCCAAAAAUGUUAAGACUGUUAAGUUUGGGUGCUGUAUAAUAGAGACGGAUAAGAAGUGUGCUUUCAGGAGUAGGCUGAAGGGAGCCAGGGUCCAGAGCAUUGAUUUUGAAGGGACAGGGUAUCAGGAGAGGAGUAAUUGGGGUGCUGAUGGGUGUAAGAGGUUUAGGAAUAUAGUUAAGGGGUUGGCUGAGGUGGAGAGUAUUAGGAACAGAGGGAUUUUUAUGGGGUUGAUAUGUUGUGGAAUGAAGAAGGAUGAGGUUUUAGAGAUUUUAAAGGAGUUUGAGAUGGAUAAGAUGAUACCCAAUUUGGAUAAAUCAGUUAUUAUGGGAAGAGCACCUAAAUUUUAUUCAUAAUAUCG